CGAGUCCAGCUGAAUGAGCGCGAGUCGAAGGGAUGAAGGAAAAGAGCCUGGCGGCGCAGAGGACGCUUGUCGUUUAAAGAGGCAGAGCCCGGCAAAGAGCAGGAAGCCUUGCAGACCACCGCCGGGACCCGGUAUCCGCCCGGCCGCCCCAGAGCUGGAGAACCUGUCCCAGCCGCGCCCGUCGCCCCCGCCUCGCGCCCCUCUCAACGGCAUGUACCCCGAAGAGAGCCGGGGGUCCGGUGGGGUGGCCACGGUGGACUUCUUGGAGGGGACGUACGACUACGCCUCUCCGGCCCAAACGGCGCUUUACAGCCACCCUGUGCCGGGCUAUUACUCUGCGCCCCUGGAGACCCACGGUUCGCCCUCGGACGGCAGCCUCCAAUCACUGGGCAGCGGGCCUACCAGCCCCCUCGUGUUUGUGCCCACCAGCCCCCGACUCAGCCCAUUCAUGCACCCCCCCGGCCAGCACUAUCUGGAAACCACUUCAACACCCAUCUACAGGUCCAGUGAGACGAUCAGUCAGCAGCAGGCGUCCAGGGACGAGCAGUGCGGCACUAGUGACGAGGCGUACGUCUUGGGGGGCUCGGAGGCCGCCGCGGCCAUCGGGGUCUUCGAGAUGGCCAAGGAGACGCGCUUCUGUGCCGUGUGCAGCGACUACGCCUCGGGCUACCACUACGGGGUGUGGUCCUGUGAGGGAUGCAAGGCCUUCUUUAAGAGGAGCAUUCAAGGUCACAAUGACUACGUGUGCCCAGCAACCAAUCAGUGUACUAUUGACAGGAAUCGCAGGAAGAGCUGCCAAGCGUGCCGACUUAGGAAGUGUUAUGAAGUGGGCAUGAUGAAAGGAGGAGUGCGCAAAGACCGCGGUCGCAUAACACGCCGUGACAAGCGGCGGACCGGCGCCACGGAGAAGUCGACCAAGGAGGCCGAUCAUAGAAAAGCGCCCCUUCAGGACGGGAGGAAACAGUGCGGCGGCGGAAGUGUCAGUGGGGGAAGGUCGUCAGUCACGGACAUCCCUCCUGACCAGGUGCUUCUCCUGCUGCAGGGGGCCGAACCCCCCAUAUUAUGUUCCCGACAGAAGCUGAACCGACCCUACACAGAGGUCACCAUGAUGACGUUGCUCACCAGCAUGGCUGACAAGGAGCUAGUCCACAUGAUCGCCUGGGCCAAGAAGCUGCCAGGCUUCCUCCAGCUGUCCCUGCACGACCAGGUGCAGCUGCUGGAGAGCUCGUGGCUGGAGGUGCUGAUGAUCGGCCUUAUCUGGAGGUCCGUCCACUGUCCGGGCAAGCUCAUCUUCGCUCAGGACCUCAUUCUGGACAGGAAUGAAGGCGACUGCGUGGAAGGCAUGGCAGAGAUCUUCGACAUGCUGCUGGCCACCGCCUCUCGCUUCCGUAUGCUAAGACUCAAGCCCGAGGAGUUUGUCUGCCUCAAAGCAAUCAUCUUGCUCAACUCUGGUGCCUUUGCGUUCUGCACGGGGACCAUGGAGCCGCUCCACGACGGUGCGGCGGUGCAGGACAUGCUGGACACCAUCACGGACGCCCUCAUUCAUCACAUCAGCCAAUCAGGAUGUUCGGUGCAGCAGCAGGCGAGGCGCCAGGCCCAGCUGCUGCUCCUCCUCUCUCACAUCAGACACAUGAGUAACAAAGGCAUGGAGCACCUGUACAGCAUGAAGUGCAAGAACAAGGUGCCACUCUACGACCUGCUGCUAGAGAUGUUGGAUGCUCACCGCCUGCACCGUCCCGUCAGAGCCACGCAGAUCUGGUCCCAGCCUGAGAGAAUGCCUCCUAGUGGCAGUAACGGUGCCGCCUCCAGUUCAGGAGGUCGCGGCGCACACGAAAGUCUGAGCAGAGGGCCGCCGUGUCCAGGCGUGCUGCAGUUUGGAGGCUCCCGCCCUGACUGUGCAGAAAUCCUGUGAGGCAAAAACAAAAGAUCAAUGUUGUACUGGGGGUCAUUUGAUGAUUAUUUAUACAUUUCUGACAUCACUUUGACAUCGCUCUGACUUUUCCACUGUUGCUCACAUGGCUUCUCCCUCGUGCCAACAGCACUAUUUGAAAUUCAUGUUUUUCUUUUUAAUAGUUUGAUUCCCAUUCAACCAAAGUGCACUUCCUCUAAGCUUGAAGGUGCUAUUGGGCAUUAUUUUCAUUUGUUUGCAUAAUAAGCUGUGAUUAAUUACGUGUCGGUUAUUUACCUGUCAGCUGAGUAACAGCGUGUCUCAUGUCUAACGUUCGCUACACAAGCACCAGUUUGGUCAUAUUUGUAAACCACAUAUUGACCACAUGUUGAUAACAUCAGUGUUUGUGUUUCUGUCCGCUGUGUUGUUGGGAAAAAAAAGCAUCUGCAAGUUACGCAACUUUAAAUCCGAGCCAAACUGUCAUUGGGUAACUUUGUAGAUUUGUUCUCUUGCACUUGUUUUGUAUUAAUUGUUGAAUAUUCUGGUCUACUUGUCAUUUUAUCACAAUUAUGUGCUGAAAAGCAUUCAUUGAUUGACUAAAAAAAAUCUGUCUUUGGGAAUUCAUGUAUGUAAACAUUUGACAAAACAAAAAUUGAGCCAUGGCUACGUCUCAAAGUAUUCAUUAUUUGUAUGGAUUUAAAAUAACAUUGCAAUUUCCCCCUACAUAAAUCUAAUUUCUUAUUCUAAUACUUUCAUACUUAACUUGCAAACAAGCAUACAACAAUGUAUUCCAUAAUUAUUUUGUGUUAUUAUUUUGUCUUUUUGUGUUUUACGUUCAACAACAAUCACCAUCAAACUGAAUGGCUUGCUUAUUGCAUGUCUCUCACCAGAGCAUCCUCGCUAAUGUGGAAUUAUGGAAGCCACAAAUCAAUAAAAUGACCCUAACACAAAGAAAUUGUCAAACUCAAAUUACAAAAAUUUAUCAUCCGACCGUACCACAUAACGAUCGUAUGACUCCGUACUUUGGAAAGAUUCAUCUAAACAGCGCUUAAUAUUUCAGUUUUUAUUUGCAAAGAGUAUUCAGUAUUAGCAAACUGUACAAACAUAAAUAACAUUAUUCAUAAAUAUAUACAUUUAACAUUGCUGUUUUGUCCUGAUUACUCAGGAAUAAUAUCAUCAUGACAAGAAUAAAAGCACAUUAUCAUUAGCUUCACAACCAGUGAUUGUUUGGCUUCGGGGACUUUCAAGAACAUGCGUAGAUAAAA